AUGGAAAGUAUUUCUUCAAAGCUCCAUGCAGCAGGUUUGGGACAUGCUGGUGUGGCAGCAGUAGCAGGAGGUCCAGUUCCAGUGGCAGUUGGAGAUGGAAGCGAAAUUGACUUUUAUGCCCAUCCAAAGUACACCUACAACUACGGAGUAGCAGACGGACUCACUGGAGACCAAAAAAGCCAACACGAGGUCCGUGAUGGUGGUGUGGUCAAGGGUUCCUACUCCGUUGUGGAACCAGAUGGCUCAGUUCGAGUGGUUGAUUAUGCUGCCGAUGAUGUUAACGGAUUCAAUGCCGUUGUCAAAAAAAUAGGACCCUCAGUACAUGCCGCUCCAGUUCGUCCUGUAGCGAUUGGACACGGAGGGGGCUAUGGAGGUCACGGAGGAUAUGCUGGACAUUAUUAGAAUAGGACAGGGAUUACUUUGAAAAUGUAAUUUUACAUGAAUAUAUGGUGAAGACAAAAGUUGUAGGAGCGUAUACCGAUUAUCUCUCUAGUUUAUAUUUUCUUUGUCUCAGAUACAUUAACUCAUUACUUCCGAUGUCUUGUGUUUUCAAGUGACUCUUCAAAUUCCUUCUUUAAAUUGUGAUGAUUAAUUCAAAUCUUGAAUAUUCAACCAUGAUGUCAGGCUGUGUUGUACUGAUGGCAUACCUGUAUCAUAAAACAAAUAGUAGGUUAUAGAUACAUAUCUCAGAGAAUGAUGUGUUACCUAACAAAGCUUGUAAUCACAAGUCCUGUUAGGGAAAAAAUAUCAUUAAUAUCAAAUAUUGUAAAAAAAUCUCUAUCACUUUCAAGGGCAUAAUAAAUAUUUGUUUUUUGUGUAUGAAUGUUAUUGUCAAAGUCGCUCUUUUGUUUUAUUCUUCUUUCAUAAACCUUUUCAACUGAAAUGUUUUCUAUCUCAAUCAUAAUAUCAAGUAAACUAUAUUUAGUGCAAUGCUUCGCUAUAUUUUUCUUGCGACAAUAAAUAUACUGUCAGGUUCUGAUUCU